ACAUAUAUACACGCCCUCCACCCCCAUCGCUGCAGUGUCUCAACUGCCUUGGAGCAAACAAGAGAGGAUAUAGAACGCAGACGUUAAUAAGACAGAGUGGCGCUGAAAGAGAGAGAGAGAUGUACAUGAGUGUGUGUGUGUGUGAACCUGUGAAUAUGACAAAGAUAUGAAAAUGAAGCAGCAGGACUAAAGGUGGAUUGCACAGAGCCUUUCUCUCCCUGCAAGGGCUUGUCUGCAGUAUCCUUUGUAAAUGGAUGCUGGCUUGUGAACACGACUCGGAGGCCUUCAGUUGCUAGGGAGAUAUCCCACCACAGAAGAAGCAAAAAAGAUUUCAUCAGAAAGAUCAAGCAAAACAAGCCAAUGAAGAACUGAGGUGGAUGGUUGCAGAAGCUACACAAAGGCAACGUACCAAAAGAGCCAUGUGGGAGGAGAGUAAGGCGGUUUUGCUAUUCACACGCAUCAAGCCUUAAUACUUUGUCCACUGAUACACGCUUAACAUUUCCCAGCCCUCUUCCAGAGCUUCUCCUCAGGGGGAGCCCCUGCUAUGAACCCCAGCUCUGUUGGCUUCAGCAGGCAGUCCAACCUCAGUGCCAGGCGCUGUGUGGGCAUCCCACAAGUCUGGGUUCUGCCCACACAGGACUCACAGACUGCCCCUGAACAAAAAGAACAAAAUACUCCUGAGUCACUCCUCUGUGUGGUGGCUCUCCUGUCUAGUGUUAAAUUGGUCUGUUGUGAAGUUGUAUCUGCCUCUUCACCAGCAAGUUUAGUGAAAAGCCUCUCCAACUCUUCCACCAACUCCUUUUAGGUCACCACUUCGUUAUAAUUUGCUUUCCCAUCAAGCAGCAGAACGAGUUCCUUUGUGUUCACCACGUGGAGGAGGACCAUGGGAUGCCGUCAGAGCUCGGAGGAGAAGGAAGCGGCGCGGCGCUCGCGGCGAAUCGACCGCCACUUGCGCUCAGAAAGUCAACGGCAGCGGCGUGAGAUCAAGCUACUGUUGCUGGGCACCAGCAACUCAGGCAAGAGCACCAUUGUCAAGCAGAUGAAGAUCAUCCACAGCGGAGGCUUCAACCUGGACGCCUGCAAGGAGUACAAGCCCCUCAUCCUGUACAAUGCCAUCGACUCGCUCACCCGCAUCAUCCGCGCCCUCACCACCCUCAAGAUCGACUUUCACAAUCCUGAUCGCGCCUACGAUGCCGUGCAGCUCUUUGCCCUCACAGGGCCGGCUGAGAGCAAAGGGGAGAUCACUCUAGAGUUGCAGGGGGUCAUGAAACGUCUGUGGGCUGACUCAGGGGUCCAGGAGUGCUUUCAACGAUCCAACGAGUACCACUUAGAGGACAACACUGCCUACUACCUGAAUGACCUGGACCGCAUCUCUGCUCUUGAGUUCAUCCCAACCGUAGAGGACAUCCUACGGUCCCGCGACAUGACUACAGGCAUUGUGGAAAACAAGUUCACCUUCAAGGAGCUCACCUUCAAGAUGGUAGAUGUGGGUGGACAGCGUUCAGAGAGAAAGAAGUGGAUCCACUGCUUUGAGGGCGUGACUGCAAUCAUUUUCUGUGUCGAGCUAAGUGGCUAUGACCUCAAACUCUAUGAGGACAACCAGAUGAGCCGCAUGGCAGAGAGCUUGCGCCUGUUCGACUCCAUUUGCAACAACAACUGGUUCACCAACACGUCGCUCAUCCUCUUCCUCAACAAGAAGGACCUGUUGGCUGAGAAGAUCAAACGCAUUCCUCUGACAGUGUGCUUCCCUGACUACAAAGGUCAGAACACCUAUGAGGAGGCAGCUGUCUAUGUGCAACGGCAGUUUGAGGACCUCAACCGCAACAAGGAGACCAAGGAGAUCUAUUCGCACUUCACCUGUGCCACUGACACCAGCAACAUCCAGUUUGUGUUCGACGCUGUCACGGACGUGAUCAUCCAGAACAAUCUCAAGUACAUUGGGCUAUGCUAGGACCUGAUGCUGGGGGUG